AUUUUGAAGUGGGAUAAAGUAGAUUUUGUUUAAUUCGCGAAUCAUUAAUACCAAUCAGAAUAUUUACUAACCCUUAUUAACAUGGCAGAAACCGCCCCACAAGCUAUGACCGUUACCCCCGUGUCACUGGGGAUGGUCGCAGCAACAGUAGAAGCGUUCUCGGGAAGAGAGAACGUAAAAUUACAUUUUGAACGAAUAGAGCAAAGAGCCACUUUGGAUAGGUGGACAGAACAAGAAACGUUGAAUAUCGUAAAAUAUCGACUGACCGGAGAAGCGUAUCGAUAUUACAAAAGUGAUACAACAUUGCAAGCGGCGACGGUAACGUUUAAUGAUUUCAAAGAAAAAUUCAUCCAGAGAUUUAAGCCGCGAAGAAUUCCAGGUGAAGCUUACAACAAAUUAAAUCGUACUUUACAGGGACCUAAUGAGACGGUGUCCGAGUUCCAGACUAGAUUAAGGUUGAUAGCUAAUGAAAUUUUGGAGGAUGACCAAAGUAAGGCGACAGCUGAAGAAUUGCCAGGUAUUAAGAAGAAAAUUAACGAAAGCGUCCUUAAUCAAUUUACGACGGGGUUGCGAAGAGAGAUUUCUCAAAACAUCGGAAUCAUAUUGAUGCGAGAAGAAAAUCUGACGUUGCAGAAGGCGGCGGAAAUUGCGACUCUAGAAGAGAGUCAUCAAUUCACCUUGAGGCAUCGAUUCAAAUCGGUCCAGGUGAUGGAAUCUUCGAUUACAUGUUUCAAUUGUGGAGAAAUUGGACAUAUAUCAAGAAAUUGUAGAAAUCAACAAAGACAAAAAACGACGCAGUUUAACGGAAAUCAGAAAUUUAAUUCUACAAACGUCGUAAGUAAUAGAAAAUUCCCUUCAGUAAAUUCACCAAAACAAUCGUUUAGUUGUUAUAAUUGUGGACAACCAGGUCACUUUAGUCGCAAUUGCACUCUCCCAAGAAAUCAUAGACAAGGCUUGAUUCAGGAAAUUUUAAACGUAAACAGGAUGUAGCAGAAUCGAGAAGCUUCCGGACGACGGGAACCAAAUCUCACGACGAAGCGGAUUCUAGAAGACACAUGCAAGCAAAGGACAAAUGGUCACAUAGUCCAACGAAAAAUGCUGAUGGACCAAAGAAAGAUUAUACAAAAGCAACAAUGUCGUCUUUAAACUGGAUAGCACCCGCGGAUACGGCUUCCGCCGCGGGAAGGUCAACAAAUCAGUGGAGUCAGCGAAAUUAAAUGAUAGCGAUUGUUCUCGAAUUUCAGUACCAAUGAUCAAUGAUGCAAUGGGGGAAAAAACUUUGUAUAUUAUUUUAAAAAUUAAUAAUAUUGAACGAACAUUGCUAAUCGAUACCGGCUCACCAAUUUCAUUAAUAAAAUUCAAUUGCGUUUAUAAUAAAAAUUUUAAUCAAACUAAAGACCAGAUAAUAGUAAUAAGGAUAACGGGGCAUCCAAUGAAUAUAAUAGGUGUAAUUGAUGUUCCAUUUCAUUACGAAAAACAA